GGUCACUGGGUAGGGAGAUUUUCCAAGCCUUGCACAAAUACUGUCUCCAUAUGACACUGACCUAGGGCCUAAGCCUUAGUGUAGUGUCUAAAGGGCACUUAAUGACACUUACUCAGGACAUGAAGGUCUCCAGAUAAGUUAUGUCUCAGAGAAGGGAAUAUGAGUAACAGUAUCUUUUAAGAAGUCCUUUAGAAGGAAAUAGCACAUUAAGCAACAAUGUGCUUGCCAGUCAAAAUGUACCCACUGGUCCAAUAGUGGUCUGACUUUUUUUAGGGGUAACCAACUGUUUUCUGAAUGGAUUUGAGGCUUGCUGUGUAGUAGGGACGUGCAGAAGUAGUUGCCUACUUCUGUAAACCUGGCCAAAAGCCCAUGGCUGGGGAGGUCAUAGACUGUAUCCGAGAAUAUCAAACAGCUUUCUAAAUAUUUGUGCCUUAUACCCAGAGAUUUAACAUUGGUCAAAAAAGCUUCUUUUUGCAUUGGUUAUAAUUAAUUCAGAAAUUCCUAACUGCUAAGGUGCUGAGAGUAACUGACUAUGAGAUUCAGCUCUAAAUCAGACAUUUAUAUCACUUUCCCUGACCCAAGGCUUAGAGAACCUCAUGGAAGAAGUGAUAGAAAGAAUAUAAGAGCAGAAUGGAGAAGGCUGUUGUAAAACGGAUAUGACAGGGCCAUUACACUGAUGGACUCACAACAGCUGUGGUUACUUGCACAAACUCUUUACGUAGUCAAGAAAAUCAAAAUUCCAGCAUGAGCAAAGGAGGGUCAUAAAGCCCCACCCUUACCUGAGAAAGUGAGUCAUUUUUCUUCAGCAAUGUGGCCACUGGUGGGUUGCUGAUGUAGGACUGGAAGGCCCCAUAUCUAUUUGGGAAGCACCAAUUGGAACCAAAUAUACAAAGCAAGAAAGCAAACAAAAACUCCAAAGACAUGAAAUUGGGUGUGUGCAUGACAAGACACUGAGAGGUUCUGAGGGAGUUGUAGGAAUGGAGUGGAUAUGGUUGGUGAUUUUUGGGUGAAGAGACGGGAUACUGAGUUUUUAGGAAAACAGCUUUAAUGUGCACACACAGGCUCAGAGGUACUCUGUCUUGUAAAGAAACAGAGAGACGAAUACAGUAAAACAGGGCUUUUUAUGAUUUUUGUUUGCUUCCAUAUACUGGUAACUCACACUGUCAUCGAUUAUUUUAUAGUUGUAAGGUAAGAGUCUAAAGAUGGCCUGGAGGAAGGGAAGGUCACUUGGGGGGAUGUAUCAAGGUUUCACAUGAGCAUUUUGGCAGAGACUAAAUCACAUGGCUGUCUCUCUGUUCUUCCUUCAAGGUCUGUGGAAGCAAGAACAGAGUUGCAGGAGAGAUGUGGUCAAGUUUAUGUGUAUACAAGAACAUUGGUUGGCCCUUGUGCCUAUUAUUAUUAUUAUUAUUAUUAUUAUUAUUAUUAUUAUUAUUUUGUCUUUUCAUUUCCCUGGAUAUCAGGAGCCCCUAUCAGAAUAUGGUCAAAAUAUACUUGCUCAUGUAUAAAGUUCUCAAAAAAAUUUUUUUUAAAAGAAUGAAGCCAGUCAACAUUCUAGCAAGGAGGGAAGAGGUUCACUGUUUACUGAGGAGCUAUUUUAAUUUGGAAGAUGUUGGGGGAUGAAGAGUCUUUGUGUGUGUGUGUGUGUGUGUGUAGGUUGCCUGUUCCCCAGUGAAUGGUCCUACAUCGGGGUAUAUUCAGGCAACACACAGUUGGAUGCCGCAGAUUACUAAAAGGAGACAUGCAGGGGGAGGAGGAUGAGAGUGUAGGUGGGUGCUGAAGGAAUAGAAGGGGGCUUUAGGGAUAUAUAUGAUCAAGAUACAUUGUAUAUAUGUAUGGAAUUGUCAAAGAAUAAAUGUAAAGAAAAAAAAGAAUACCCCUGCAAAAUAGGAGUAUUCCUAACCACUGCAUAGUAUCUCCUGCUAGCAUUUGCAUACACCUGGUUGCAGCAGAAUAGGCAAAUAGAGGUUAUACAAAUUGAGACAGGUGUCAUUGAAAUGGGAGUGAUUUACAUGUCUAGGAAGACUGUAAUUAUGGUUCAAGUCCUAGGUACCGGAGCUCUGCUGAUGGGUGGGCUUUCGCAUGAGUCUAGGGUGGGCGUUUCCAUGUUUCUGCUCCCAACAGCGGUUUGGCUAUAGAUUCUGUUUUCCCCCGUGGCUGUGUUUCAGUACUCUGGAGCCUGCCUGAACAGAUCCUUCCCCAACGAGAUGCCCUCCACACCCACACUGAGCUUCAUGAUCAUCUUUUGCCUGGUGUCGUUGGUUUCUAUGCUGCAGAAUAGCUUCGUGAUCAUAGUGCUGGGCAAAGAGUGGGUGCAGAGCCGGGCACUGCCUGCAGCUGACAUGAUUGUGGUCUCUCUUGCAUCCUCCCGGUUCUGCCUGCAUGGGAUAGCCACCCUGACUAAUCUCUUGGCCUUCUUUGAUUUUUGUUACCAAGCAAACCUUUUUGGCGUCCUUUGGGACUUCAUCACCACUCUAAUUUUCUGGCUUACCGCCUGGCUUGCCAUCUUCUACUGUGUGAAGGUCUCCGUAUUUUCCCACCCGAUCCUCUUUUGGCUCAAGUGGCGGAUUUCCCGGUUAAUUCCCAGGCUGCUGAUUGGUUCUCUCAUCAUGGGUGGCCUGUCAGCCAUCAUAUCUGCUACUGGAAACAACAUUGCGACUCAGAUGACCAUCUCCCAGGGUUUACAAGGAAACUACUGCACCUUUGGUCACCUGUCACUGGACUUCUAUCGGUACUAUUACCUGUCCCAUGCAGUGCUCAUGUGGUUCACUCCUUUCUUCCUGUUUCUAGUGUCCAUUACCUUGCUCAUGUUCUCACUGUACCAGCAUGUGGGGAAGAUGAGGGAUCACAGGCUUGGACCUUGUGAUCCCCAUACUCAGGCUCAUACCAUGGCUCUGAAAUCCCUUACACUCUUCUUCAUCUUCUAUAUAUUCUUUUUUCUGUCCCUGAUAACUACUUCUACAAAAAUUAAAACCACUCAGAGUUACUGGUAUUGGGCCAGGGAAGUCAUAAUCUACAUGGGCAUCUCUUUGAACUCCAUCAUCCUUGUGCUUAGUAACCCCAAGCUACGAAAGGCCCUCAGGAUGACAAUUAGGAUGUACAUGUUGCCCGAUCAUAAGCUUUCAAGGCCUUGGACCAAAGGUGUCUCUGCUCUCAAGUGAUCAGUAUCAGUACUGUGACAAAUGAGCUCAUGCACAGCAAGAAUUCAUAAGGUUUGGGUACACUCUCAUUUUCUUCCUUUUUCUCACUUCUUCCAUGCUCCACAAGAUCUUUUUCUAAGUCUCUGUGCUCCUAUUGUCCCCUUCAUUGUCCCUGGAGUGAGUUCUAAAUCACCCAGGCUUUUUGUAGCUAAUGGCCUCAUUUCCUCAGAUGCUCCUGUAGUUCUACAUGAAAUUGUCUUCUUCAAGCCUCAUUUCAGUCUGCACUACCUUUAUGAAGACGUAUAGCCAUUAUCAGUUGUUUCCAUAGAACAGAUUCCUGCAGGCCACCCACCUUGUGACCCCGGCUGUCCCCUCAGCCACUGCUCUGCUAAGCCCCGUCUCUUUUCAAUGCCUUUCUUUUACUUUUCUUUUCUUUUUUCCUUCUUUCCUUGCUCUUACCAAUCUUUGCCACCAUAAUUAUUUGUAAGCUGACUAAAACUGAUCUCAUCACAAGGCCCUUUUCAGAUUCCUCUAGGGCAGUAAGAGUUUGUGCUACUGUAGGUCUAGUUCCUGACCUCAUGUCCAAUGGAAUUGCACCGUCUGAUGUGAAAAGCCUUUUAGGUUUUGGCCAAUUGAAGGCAGAUGAAAGACAAAGGGAAUUCUCAGAUGUUUUGUUUUGUUGCUGUGCGUACAUUCUUGCUGGACGGGGGCACUGCUGAUGGCUAGAUGAGGACUUUAAGAUGAAACUACAGCCUAAUAACUUGGUAUUUUUGAGACCAGUUCGUAUGAAGCUCAGGCUGGUCUCAACCUUCCUGCUUCAGCCUUCUGGCAACAUGCUAAGGCAAGUGCUAAGCUACAUGGCAACUGUUGGCUUUGAUGAUCUUAGUCCUCCUGUUUGCACUUGGCAGAGGGUAUUUCCUGGGCACUGCGGCUCACAUUAACAUUCUCCAGACCAGAAUACUGGGAA